GCUGCGGCUGCAGCUUCCUCACUGAUAGUCUGUCGAGUUAGCUAACAUGAUGUGCCUCCGUUUUAUAUUUCACUCGUGAAAGGUUUCCAGUCGUUAUUACUGUUAAUAAUCCAAGUGACUAUCGGGUGAUGUUAUAAAUUCUUUUUUGGGGGGCUUAACAAGACCGCGUCAAAUUGCUGUCAUAAAGCUAAUAUUAGUCUUUAAGCUAGUUGCAGCUAGCUUCUUCUGCAGGCUAUAAGACGCAGCACUAUUUCGGCGUCUGUAUAUAUAUAUAUAUUUUUUUAUUUUUAAUGAAAAAAGCUCACCCCGCUCUGCGCUGAAAUGGUGCUUUCCUUGGUGAGCCUCUGUGCCAGGGAGGUGGUGAGUGACCACAGCUCGUCGCCCUGCUGGUUGAGGUGGGUGCCCAGGGAGCUGUUCAGACCGCUGCUUGAGGCCGCCUUCACCAGCUGCAGACCGCUGGCCGUGGGUGAGCUGGUGCAGAGGUGGCCUGAACGCGCCCUGCGUGUAGGAGGACGAAGGGAACAAGGACAUACUGCGCCGAAUCGACUUUGCAUCCAGGCUUUGUUACUUGCAGUUGUUAGAGGACUCUCGGACCAAAGAUGUUCCCUGCAAAUUCUGGACCUCUGUGGGCUCCAAGGAGAUGAAGGAGGAAUGGGAGACCCGAUGGGGGGCUGGUCUCUGACUGUAGCUCUCUGCACCAUGGUCGUCCAGGCCAGAGCUGGAGCGCAGAGGGCACAGAGGAGAGAAGGAGAGCGGGAGAGAAAAAGGUUCUCGGCCCUGGAGAGAGAAAAGGAUGUAAAAAGAGAGAGGGGACAGUGGAAGAAGGGAAAAGAACCUAAUGGCGAUGAAGCAAGCAAUGAAAGAGAGAGGUUGGCAUUGUUGGGACUUUUGGGUGAAGAGGAGAUGAUUAAGGGAGUCAGGAGGAGGAUGGAGAUAGAGAGGAAAAGAGACAGCACAUCAACAGGUGUAGCAGGCAGCAAAAAGGAAAAUGAGGAAAGAGAUCUAGGAAGUGAUGUGUUGGUGCAUGUGAGAGCUGAUCUCUUUGUCAACGCUCGAUCCUGGGAGCGUGUUCGUGUGGCUCUCAGCACAUGGGGACCCCUCAAGCUUCAGUGCAGAUACCUUCGUGUGGAGGAAAUCUCUGUGUCAAGUAUCAGGACUCUGCUAGACCUCCUGCCCCGCCAGGGUCUCCUGGGCAUCGAUGUCCGCUACAGCAGCCUUGGGGUGGCUGGCUUUGCUGAGCUGCUGCCUCUUCUUUCAACUUUCCCUGCACUGAACUCCGUUCGGCUGCACUACUGUAACUUGGACUUUCGCCGAGACUACCCUGGCCAAGAAGAGGCACUGAGGGACUUGUCACAGGGUUUGGCACAGCUACGAGAACUGCGACGCCUUAGCCUCACUGCACUGCGCCUGCCAGGACAACUUCGUGUGCUGCUCAGCUCACUGCCUCAGCCUCUGGAGAUUCUGGAGCUGCCAUAUUUGAGCCUGAGUCCAGCUGACUUCGCCUACCUGUCCUGCAGCCACCAUGCUCCCACCCUGCAGCAGCUGGAUCUAAGUGAGAACCGUCUGGAUGAAAACACCCUGCCCUCUAUUCGCCGCCUCCUCUCCCAGGCUUCCAGCAGCCUGCAGCACGUCUCUUUAAGUGGCUGUGGCCUGACCGACCGCCUGCUGGGGCUCCUCCUGCCCUCACUUGGAGGCUGCUUGGCCCUCAAGAGCUUGGCUUUGGCCCUGAACCCACUCUCCAUGUCUGGCCUCAUGGACCUGGUGAGGAUGGCUGUGCGAAUGCCGUCCCUCCGUCAGUUACUGUACCCUAACCCCCUGGAGGACUACCAGCCGGGCCUUCCCGAUCUGCCCUCCAGUGCUCAGCUCUUAGACUGGCCUCUGGAUGAAACCACAGACAUCAACACCACCAGCAGCCAGCUCAACAAGGUGUUAAUAGACAGCGGACGCUCUGACCUCUUCCUGACCUGCGACUUGCUCAAUUAUGAUAAAGACUUGGUGAACUAGAGUAGAAGUCGGGGGAAGAACACUGGUGCUUUUAAGUUCACUCACCAAUGUCCAAGAGCAGAGUCUCUUUUAUGGAUAAAUAACUGCAAGUAGCAAAACCGUAAUCAGAAGAAUACCAAAGUCUUCCACAAUAAUCACCAAAUCAAUAGGUUUGUUCUUUUUGGCAGCAUGAAUGUGAUCAUCAGACAGAUCAGAUCAGAGACAACACUAAAUGCGUAAAUGCUGGCCUGAUGGCAGAGCCUGGGAUGUAGGCAUGCUUUAAACAUGUUUGACAAAUAUAUAGAUAGAGGUGAUAACAUAACCUCAACUCCUUGGUGGAGUAACUGAUACACCAUAUUUCAGUUAAAAGGUGCUGUACUGCUAAAUUCACUUAUUGAUUGUAUAAAUUGCUGCUUAUGAAUCACUGCUGGUCUUGUACCAAAAAUGAAUUAUCACUUUAUAAUCAGGUCACCAGGAUAGUUUGGAUACAAAGAAUAACGUCCGUCUGGUCGAAGGCUACAGUCUAUUUGUUCUUGUGCCUUUACAUCAGUCGCUUUGUUUAUACAGAUCCAAAUAUCUGAUCAGCUCUACUACUACAUGUGCAUACUGCGGAUCAACAAAUAAUGCUGCACUGGCCAACGUUAUGGUAUGUAUUUGCUUAAUUUUUGCAUAAUUUUCCUCAAAUGGGAAAUUAAUCUAACUAGAAAAUAUUUGCACCAAUUAAUUGUGCUUUCUCCAUUUUAUUCACUAAGUACUCUUACAUUUGUGUUAUUUUAUUUUAUUUUUUGUCUUACAAUAAUUUCUUCAGCAUCUAUUUUGAAGCGUUCAGGAUUGUGCUUUUUGUAUUCAUUUGACUUGUAUACUGUGUCCAGACAUAUCACUGUUAUCAGGAAAUGAGUGUACCAAAUCACCUUUGCACCACAUGAAUGCAUUUACCUGCUGUUAGUCACAAAAAUAAAAUCAG